AUGAAGACCACCCCCACCACCAUCCAUCUCCGCACCACAUCUUCUUCUGUUACCUCUGUCAACAGCUCGAGCUCUUCCCCUGAGCCGGAGCCUCCUUUGUAUGCAGAGUGUGUCUCCGGUACGGAAGGGAGACGUCCUCCAGCUUAUGGAGACACUACAUCAUCCACCUCACUCCCCACCAACCCAUUCGUCGGCCUCGUCAACCAAAUCAACCUCGGCCAAAUGAUCGUCUGGCUCAGCCGCCCCAGUACCCUCAAAUCCCGAAAACCAGGCCACAGCCAGAUCCAAGCCAAAGUCACCGCCACCAUCCGCACCUGUUACGGCGAUAACGAUACCCUCUUCCAGCGCGCUGUCUUGAUCCAAAACUAUCUCGAAGCGCAGAUCUCGCGCCUGAUUGCCGAGUUUCAAGCAGUCGCAAAGGCUUCUGGGCGUACCCUCCGUUCGGGCGAUCUUAGCUCACUCGUACACGAAGCUCUCGAACCCAUCUAUGCCAGUAUUUCAGAAUACAAUCUCACUUACGGGCUCAAGCUGGUCAUCUGCGAGUCGAAGCAAGCCAGUCGACGGGCCGCCAAGAGUCUGGCGCGACCGGGGUGCCCGCUUUAUCAUAAUAGGACGCUUGAUGAGGUUGUGGAGGGGCUGGUGAUCAGUAGGGAGUGGCAGGUGAAGGAGGCUGUUGAGAGUGUGCUUUUGAAGCACCCGGAGCACGGACGAAGGAGGGGUCGUUCGGUUUGA